AUGCGUCCCGACCACGACGGCUUGGCCCAAGGAGGGACCUACCUGGACCCAUACGACAGAAGUAGCUUGAAGAUUGCGGAUCUUGAAUGUCCAACCAUGGGCUACGGAAGAACCAUGGGUUCAGAUGGACGACAGCUGACGACGAUCGGUAGCCCAUGGCUACCCCUUUUUAUCUUCUUUCCUUGGCUAUUACCAGACAUUGAGCCCUCCUGGUACACAUCUUGCAUAGAUAAAAACUACGAAGUCAUACUUGGUCAAUACGGCAAAAAUGGGAGUGGGAUUGUGACAAGAACUAUAGCGUUAUAUGACCCACCAAGACCCGUUCUCCCUGGUGACAAUCUCGUUGAUCCGAUCAGUACAGAUGCCCCUGGGGGGGUUUGGGAGGACCAAGCUACAAAUCUACCCCAAACCCAGGAGACGGCCUUCAACUGCCCGCUAGGCCUACGAGAAAGCUUCCCAGACAUACCACCAGAACGUGGUGUCACAAAUCAACCGUCUCAUACGACAGGCGGCGAUGAUGUACCUUCUAGGUCAUCUCAAGUAAACUCACCAGACCCAGUCCAGAACGCCGACUCUCCCGAACCAGCAUCUAACAGUCCUGCCAUCGCUGAUCAAGUUUCUGCAAGCGGCAACAGUGCGGGAAAUCACGUUGACGAUAAGCAUUCGGAGAAAAGCGCGGAGCAACCAUCUGGAGUAACUGGAUUCUUCUACAUUGGUGCCCCCACUGCAAAUGUGGGGCUUACGAACACAGAUGGGUCCUCUAGUAUGGCGGGUGAAUCAAAUAUUAACAACGCGGAUAAUAGUCAUGCGCAGCCGGUGGACCAAAAGCCAGCUAUCAAAAGUCCUGACAAGCCCAAUACAGCGCCUGAGAGUAGUAAUAACGGAGAUCAUGUACCAACUUUCAAUAGUGAAACGGAGUCAGACAACCACGAUGCAGCCAGAUUCAGUGACUAUGUGCCAGAUGAAGUCAAUGAUGGUGCUCAAACACCGGCCGGCUCUACAAGUCAAAACAUGGAGUCCCUACCUCAAAACAAAAUCGAUCCUGGAACUGGUCAAUUAGGUAGCCAGAUGAAUGACAACGCACAAUAUACACAUAUCGCGCCAGCUGAUUCAGCAGUGGCUGGUCAAAAUACCAAUCCUGCCAAUCUAGAUGUGGCCAAAGACUCCCCACCCGAUAGCGGAAAGCAUACCAGUCCGGAUCUAGAAAAUGUGGAUGCUUCGCAACCUGGCGAUUCCUCAGCAGUAGAUUCUCCGGGAAAUCGUAACCCUUCUAGACCGUUGCUUGAGCCUUCAGACCCUGUCGCAGCCGUACAAGAUAAUCAGGCACCCAGCAUUAGACCCAUUCAAGUCGGUGGCAGUAAGAUUAUUCCGGGCGAGCAUCCUGUGACUGUCUCUGGUCUUCCAGUGUCGCUUGACAAAGCUGGGAAUUUAGCUGUUGGAAAGUCAAACUUCAACGUCGCGAACUUGAAAGAGCCCCAGCGUAUCAAUGUCGGAGGCGCCAACCUAGACAUCACUACGGAAUCGAAAGAGUUCAAACCUUAUGCUGAUCAGACUGACCAGGCAAUUGAGGACCCUACAUCGAAAACGCUAAUAAGCUCUGAAGAUGGUCAGUCGAAGUCCCAGAAUCUUGUCACCAUAGCUGGUCAGGCGAUCGAAGCAAACCCGUCUGGCUUCACAAUCGGCAAACGCAGCAUACACCCUGGAAGUCCUGCAAUCACAUUCUUCGCCAUACCCAUCUCCUUAGGGACGGAUGGCAUGCUCCAAAUAGGAAGCCGUACUACACAACUUACUACGCCGACCCAAGCAAACCCAAACAUCUUCACGAUCGGUACCCAAACCCUCAUAGCCAACCCAUCCGGAUUCACCAUAAAUAGCAACAGCAUACUCCCCGGCAAGUCCGCCGUCUUCAUAGACAGCACAUCCGUCUCCUUAGGCACAGACUCAAUCCUUCACAUCGCUAGCUCCACCAUUUCCCUCUCCCCCGUGCCGUUCUCAGAUCUCCCCAAUCCGGCCGAACACAACCCCAACAUCAUCACCCUUCCCCACCUCACCCUAACCGCAAACCCAACCGGCUUUCCAAUUCCUUUCUUCCACACCUCGCUCUCCCCAAACGGCGCUGCGGCCACGAUCUCCGGCACGCCUAUCUCUCUUGGGACAGAUGGUGUGCUGGUGAUAGGUAGUUCCACAACGACUUUACUCCCCCUUCCCCCAACAGUGGCUGCAGCAAGGGGUGAGAAUGCCAUCACGAUAGAAGGGUUGGUGUUCACGCCUGUAUCUGCACCAACGGCUUCGAUCACGGGCUCGGGGCUGAGGUCAGGUGGGGGUGCAGCUGUCGUCGUCAAUGGCACAACAAUAUUUGCAGGCGCAGCAGCGGUGAUGAUGGAUGGAGAGAAUAUCAGUCUUGGUACCGAUGGGAAUUUGACUGUGGGAUCUGAAACUGUGAGUGUGCCGGCGGUGACUGCAAGCGUUGACGGGAAAGGCGGAAAGGUGGAUGCGACUGGAACAGCAACUACUACAACGGUGAGGAAGAAGAGUGGUGCCUCAGAGCGGGCUCUGGAUGCGAGUAUAGAGGGUGGCGGGAGACUAUGCUGGAUUCUCUUCUGGGCUAUCGGCUGGCUGGUGUUGUAA